AUGUCGAACUUCGACGACUCACAAACUAAUCCUUCCAUGUCGACCGAUAAUGAUGAAACUGCAUUAUCAAAAUACGAAGAUGAAUUAGAACGCACAAUUCAAGAAAAUCUAACGAACGAACAAGAUUUAUAUACACAAAAAUUAUUUCUUGCGUUUCAAAAUGCAGCUACAAAUGUGACAAAAAUGUUUCGUGAACGUUCGAAUGGUACUACCAAUUGGAAUGCCUUUCAUACAGCAGCUGAAUCUGUUGCCAUGCUUUACAAAGAAAGUCUCGAUGCAUUGAAAGAUACUAUUCAACUUGGCAUCAUCAAUGGUCAGCAACGUAAAACUAAGCAAAUCUUAUGUUGGACACGUCGUAAACAACGUCGACAUAUACGUACGGAUGAACUUUAUAACUAUUUGAUUGAUCGUCCAGCUGCUUAUCCAUCCGAAGUUCAUAAUUUACAUGUAAAUACAUCGAAUUCACUUCCAAUUGUUGAUGAUUUACAAACAUUUCGACAAGCCCUUGUUAUGAAUGAUAAUGAUAAUAAAACUCAUCACGAUAUUUUGUCAAAUCGUCAGUCGGAACAGCUGGAAAGUUUUGUUAGUCAACAAGUUGCUAAUCAAUUGGCACGAAAACGGGAUUACCAUUCAGCUGAGCUGUUCACACAUGAUCUUCAGAAGUCAAAGCGUACUCGUCAUACUUAA